UUUGCGACGGUGUUAAGUUAUUCGAAAUGGCUGUUGAUAUUACUCUAUUAUUUAAAGCCAGCGUUAAAACAGUUAAAACACGAAACAAAGCUAUAGGUGUCGGAUUCGACUCCACGAAAGACGACAUUUUGAAAAGGAACAGGCCAAAGAAUGGUUUUUCUAUCAAAGCCAAGGAAGUGAUUUCAAACAUUACGAAAUUGAAGGACUUCUUACUACAGCACAGAAAGGACUACGUGAACGCUGGCAGUUUAAUAUCAUCAGAUCUGACUCGAAUGACAGACAGUGAGAGAGACCAAAUUGAUCAGGAUGCUCAGAUCUUCAUGAGAACCUGCUCAGAUGCCAUCAGACAGCUCCGCACAGAGGCUGAGAAGCAGGUGAUCUCCGCUCAGAUGAAAGAGCACAGAGGAGCUGUCUUGGAUCUUAUAGAAGUCUAUCUGAAAGCUGUGUGUAAGUUGUACUCAGAGCAGAGAGCAAUACGGGUGAAAAGAGUGGUGGACAAGAAAAGAUUGUCAAGGCUUGAGCCUGAACACCACAGUAAAGUGGAGAAGGGGCCUCAGAAUGAACAGACAGAAGAGAAAGCCGUGAAGGAGGAGAGCAAUGAAAAACCUGUUCCUGAGCGAAGUGUUGACCUGUGGGAGGACAGUAGGAUCGAGGAUGAGCUGUCUCCUGAGGAAAUCCAGAUGUUUGAACAGGAGAACCAGAGGUUGGUGAGUGAGAUGAGCAGCCUGGUGGAUGAAGUCAGGCACAUUGAGGGGAAGGUGGUGGAGAUCUCUCGGCUGCAGGAGAUUUUUGCUGAGAAGGUUCUUCAGCAGGAAACAGAGAUUGAUAAUAUCCACCAGCUUGUUGUGGGUGCCACAGAAAAUGUUAAAGAGGGAAAUGAGGACAUCAGAGAGGCCAUUAAAAACAAUGCUGGAUUCCGUGUCUGGAUUCUCUUCUUCCUGGUCAUGUGCUCCUUCUCUCUUCUGUUCCUGGACUGGUAUGACAGCUAACGGAGGGAGAAAGAUGGUCACGUGACAGGAAGUGACAUUAAACUGACCCAGAGUUCUGAAAACUUACAGUGAAACAGACCAUGGAAACGUUCAGUGACAGUGCUCCGCUCCACUCUUGAACAAACGACUGCACUUAGAGAAAAUUGCUUCAGUGCUGUAACAUCAGCAUGUGCUUCUGCCCCUGUCCAGAUCAGCCACCACUACUGCAAACCAAACCAACAAACACUCUCAAAAGGAUGUGAUUGAUAAGGUGAAUCCUGAAGAUUGUCUCCGUGCUCCAAUGAAAUCGCAAGAUAUGAUAUACAAUAUGUCUGUUAAAAUGUCAAUUAAAAUUUCUUAUUCACUUGUAAUAACAUCACCAGUAUCACAAAAAUCAGGAACUCAGAGUUGAGACAUGAUUCGAAUAAAAUCAGUUUCUACAGUCUAAUUAUACACAAAUUCUAUGUCUAUGCUGAAUAAAUCCUGAUAUUAUCGUUUUUAAUUACACUAAUACAGGAUGAAGAUUACAUACUAUCUUAAAUGGCACUGAUGAACUAAAAUGGCUUGUGGUUAUAGUAACAUUGCAUCAAUGUUUUAGAAUGUCUUUGCUAUUUUUAACUGUUAACUUUUGACAUUUCCCUCACCGUUUUGCCCUUUAGCUCAGAUCUGUUAUGUUGAAUUUCUGAUUUUGGGCUUAGAACGUUAUCACAAAUUAUUAGGAUCCUGCAGCUAAAGCUGCUCUACCAUGUUCUGAGAGCUACCUCUGUUACGCAACCGGGUGUCAGGUCAUGUCUCCAUGGCAACCGGUUCUGGUUGAAUCUACCCUGAGUUCUGUUCUGCAUGUGUUUUCAGAGUCACCACUGUUUGUGAGAUAAAGCACAGCACAUGGGCCAGCCACACGCAGACUU